CAAUCGCUCGCUCGCUGACCUACACCGCACGCACACACCGCAGAAGCCCAUUUUAACCGAGCCGUGGUGCAUCUCGUCUCAUUCGUCCGGCAAAUCGUAUCGAUUCAAGUGCAAAUAUUUAGGAGCAAAAGCCUUUCGCCCUUGCUGCUGUGAACAGAAAAGUGUGAGCGGAGCAGAACCACUGCUAAACGACAGCCUAGUACCGUGUUCUGGCGUGUGUUCUUAAUCACACCUGUCCAUCAAUCCGAUCGACCGUUCUACGGGAGGUUCGUGGACCGCUUAUCACCUCUCGUUGCCGUCCUGGGUGUGUGUGAUUAAUCAUAAAAGCCUCGAGCAUCCGGCCAGCCGAGCUCAUUCGACGUUUACGUCUUCGCGGUCUCGGUACGGAAGUUGCACACUACAUUCUUACGGCGGCAAGUUCUAGACAGCGGGUUUUUUUUGGUGAAUAACGAGCGUGAAUCGGUGUUCCGGUGUCGGUGAGAAGAGAAAAAAAAAGUUCAACUCCCAGCGUGUGGAUUUCAGUGGAAAAGCAUGGAAAAUCGAAACGAAAACGGUCACGGAAACUCGGAGAAAGAAGUCCGCGUCUGGUGCGAUGGCUGCUACGAUAUGGUACACUUUGGACAUGCGAACUCUCUGCGCCAGGCGAAGGCUCUCGGUCACAAGCUAGUGGUAGGCAUCCACAAUGAUGAGGACAUCACAAAGAACAAGGGACCGCCAGUGUUUACGCAGGAGGAAAGAUACAAAAUGGUGCGUGGCAUUAAAUGGGUCGACGAAGUGGUCGAAGAUGCACCGUACGUGACAACGCUGGAAACGCUCGACAAAUAUGACUGCGAUUUCUGCGUGCACGGAGAUGAUAUCACCCUAACAGCCGAUGGUGUAGAUACGUAUCAUCUGGUCAAAAAAGCACAGCGAUACAAGGAAGUAUCGAGAACGGCGGGCGUUUCGACGACGGACCUGGUCGGACGAAUGUUGCUCCUUACCAAGAAUCAUUUUAAGCAAGGUGAUAAGGAAUAUGAGGUUGAGAAAGAUGAAGCGUACGAAGCACUGCUGAAGCGGUAUAACGUAGAACCUUUCCGUGUCUCAGGCUCGUCCCAGCUCGGCCAGGAUCAUACGGCCCGCAGCCCAUGGACCGGUUGCUCCCAGUUUCUGCCGACGACGCAAAAGAUCAUCCAGUUCAGCGACGGCAAGGCGCCGAAACCGACGGACAAGAUUGUGUACGUGGCCGGUGCGUUCGAUCUGUUCCACGUCGGCCAUCUGGACUUUCUCGAGAAGGCGAAGGAGUACGGCGACUAUCUGAUCGUCGGGCUGCAUACGGACCCGGUGGUGAACCAGUACAAGGGUGGCAACUAUCCGAUCAUGAACCUGCACGAGCGCGUGCUGAGCGUGUUGGCCUGCAAGUAUGUGAACGAGGUCGUCAUCGGUGCACCGUACUCGGUGACGGCGGACCUAAUGGAGCACUUUAACGUGGGGCUGGUGUGCCACGGACAGACGCACAUAGCGCUCGACGUGGGUAACAUCGAUCCGUACGCGAUACCGAAGCAGAUGGGAAAGUUUAUGCUGAUCGAUUCGGGAAAUACCAUCACCACGGAAGACAUUGUAGAGCGAAUCAUCCGCCAUCGGCUCGAGUUUGAGCAGCGCAACAAAAAGAAGGAGAAGAAGGAAAUUGAAGUGUACGAAGCGAUGCAAAAGGUAAAACUGGCGCAAAAGUCCGGUUGACCCACCACCGUCGACGAAGACGACAGGCACAGUAGGACCCAUUCUAGUGAAAGUUCAAAUUGAAAGUGUCUCCGUGUAUACUUUAAUCCAACUCGACGGACGGACGAUAGCGUGGGAUCAACGCCCCCGGGAAAAAAACCGCUCGUCGUAGUGCUGGCGUUUAUUCUAUUCGCCCACUUAUCUUAGACAUCAUCAUUCCUGUUUUUAUUUGUCUGCUUUUAGUUGAGUAGCUAAUUUACUGCUGUGGGGUUUGUACGAGGCUAAAACGAGGGACAAAGCGCCGCUUAACAUGGCUAAAAUCGCCCCCUAGUUGCAAUUUAGUUUAGCGCAAUUUUAUAUUUGUUCCAACAAAAAAAUCCUGUUGUCUUGUGCAGUGGUUUUCGAUUUUUGUUAGUCCUGUUUUGUGUAUUUUUGUGCGACUUUUAAAUAUAUGCGCCAUCCUAAUUAUUUAUCAUUUUAAACAUCACAAGAAAGACAACAAGGAGACAGGCAAGGAAAAUUGUGUAUGUAUGUGCGCGCGCGCGCCAUUUGUAUGGAAGGUUUCGUUUUGUGAAGCAACAGCAAAUGGCCGAAAGAUGGGACACAACCCGGGCAACACACACACACACACAAAGAACCAAUAGAAUCUCAGUUUUUGUUUUUUCGUCACACCGUUGAACCCUAUGAACGCCAACGCUCUAGUGAGUGAAUGUUAACGGACUCGGGUGUUUAUAAUUUUUAAAUAAGUUUUUUUUUUGUGUGUACGGUGUGUUCCGCUCUGUGUGGGUUUGUUGUUCGCCCAUAAUUUUGUUUGUGAAUAUUUGUGUAAGGCUGGAAGAACCGCCCGGGGAAAUAGCGUCAGUCAGUAGUAGAGAAGUGUGCGUGUGUGUGAUUAAAUUAUUAGUUUAGUUGAUGUUGUUUGAAUGAGAAAAUGCACGAGAUGUUAAAGCAAAGGGCACGCACGUUAACAAAACCCCCCCGUCAGAAGCCUAAGGUUUAGGGAGCGCGACAGGUACGCUAUAACUACUACUAUAUUUAAUGAAAACUACUUAUAUCAACAAAAAAAAAGAAACGUUUUUAUAAUCUGUCUGUUCUAGCUGUGAGAGAACUUAUUUCGUUUGGUUUUUGGCGAUUUGCUUCAUCUUCGUUCGUUACGAGCUGCAAUGUGCGAUUAUAGGGAUACGAGUAGAUACAAAAAAAGUAAGAGAGACAGAAUAAAGAGAAUGCUGAAGCUCGCUUUAAAUCAA